CGUGGGAACCAAAGUGACGGUUUCUCUCACCCACAUGUGAUAAUAUUUGCAGACCAACAGCUCAGCGCUGCUCUGUACCUGUGAUCCAGACUGCGAGAGGAGCAGCCAAGCACGAAGCCACUUCUUCCACAUCUGCUCAGCUUUGGAUUAAAAGGACAUGUUUCGACAAACGCAGCUGCUGCAGGAGUGAGGGACUGCCAAAGAAAACAGAACAAUCCACAUAUUUACAUUGUCGAUACAUGUUUAGCUUUUCAAAAAACGGCUUGACAAGCAGCAAGAGCUUCCUUGCAUCUGAGAUCUAGACAGGAGGAUCCCACCUGCCAUGCAGAUCCGUGUGGUCCAGAUCUGGGGUUUCCUGAUGACGGUGCUGGGCUGGAUCUUUGUGGCCUGCACCAUGGCCAUGGAGGGCUGGAAGAUCACCUCCAUCGGGGGCAUGGGGGGCUCCUCCAUCAUCAAGGUGGCCUGGUACUGGUCCAGCCUGUGGAGAUCCUGUUUUACGGACUCAACCGCUGUGAGCAACUGUUACGACUACCCUAUGCUCUGGUCCGUGGACGGUUACAUCCAGGUCGUGCGAGGCCUGCUGAUGGCGGCGCUCACCCUGGGCAUGCUGGGGUUCGUGCUCAGUCUGAUGGGGAUGGAGUGCACCUUCAUCGGGGGGAAAGACCGUUCAAAGUACAAGAAGAUCUACGCCGGGGGGUGUUGCCACGUCACCAGCGGGUUCCUGUCCACAUGUGGCUACGCUGUUUAUGCACAGUACGUCUCCGUAGAAUACUUCAACCCCGAGUUUGAUGGACUGAAGUAUGACAUCGGCACCCCGCUGUUCCUCGGUUGGGUCGGCUCCACCUUUCAAGUGACCGGUGGUUUUUUCUACAUGUGGUCGGUGUGCACGGUGCUCUGCGGGGAAGCACACACGGUGACCAACGUUCAGGCGUUACCAGACCCCGAGCAGACCAAGUCCACCACGGCUCUGUCCACGGUGUCGGAGAUCACCUCAAAGACCAAAGUGUCGUCCGUGUCUGAGCUGUCGUCCAGGUCUGAGCGCUCAGACAUGUCGGGCAUUUCCUCCAGAUCCGGACGCACGGCCAAGUCAGGGCGGUCAUCAAAGACGGAGCGAACCACCAAGUCGGCAGGGUCGAGGUCGGGGUCGGGGUCAGGGUCGGGGUCAGGGUCGGGGUCGGGGUCAGGGUCGGAGACCGGCCUCUCGUUGAUGUCCAGCGUACCGACUUUGUCCGAGUCGAGGAGCAGCAGCAGCAGCCGCACAGUGUCGUCGUUGUCGGGCAGCUCGAGGAGCGAGACGACACCUUUCAUCAAGAACUCUUACAUCUGAAUGAGUAUGGCACGUUGUGUGUUGAGGAACAGCUGAUCUGAGGCUUUUCUGUUCAAUUGUAUGAAUCUGUGGUUGAAGCAAACUUAAUUGUAUUUGUUAUGAUGUGUUUUUUAUCAAUAAAAAUGGCUCAAAUCAA